AUGGUAGUUCAGAAUUUCGACACAGGUCAAAAGUACACAGAGAGUGCAAGAAGUGUAGCCAUGGGUGCACGAAGAGUACACAGGAAGUACUCAAGGAGUUACAUGAAGAAUACGCAAAGAUUAGAGUAUACGGAGAGUUCACAAAAAACAACGGCGCCUUUAGGAGCAGCGCUUUCAGGAGCAGCGCCUCCAGGAGCAGCGCCUUCAGGAGCAGCGCCUUCAGGAGCAGCGCCUUCAGGAGCAGCGCCUUCAGGAGCAGCGCCUCCAGGAGCAGCGCCUCCAGGAGCAGCGCCUUCAGGAGCAGCGCCUUCAGGAGCAGUGCCUCUAGGAGCAGCGCCUUCAGGAGCAGUGCCUCUAGGAGCAGCGCCUCCAGGAGCAGCGCUUCCAGGAGCAGCACCUCCAGGAGCAGCGCCUCUAGGAGCAGCGCCUUCAGGAGCAGCGCCUUCAGGAGCAGCGCCUCCAGGAGCAGCGCCUUCAGGAGCAGCGCCUUCAGGAGCAGCACCUCCAGAAGCAGCGCCUCCAGGAGCAGCGCCUUCAGGAGCAGCGCCUUCAGGAGCAGCACCUCCAGGAGCAGCGCCUCUAGGAGCAGCGCCUUCAGGAGCAGCGCCUUCAGGAGCAGCGCCUUCAGGAGCGACGGAGGACGAAGGCGCGCCGGCGACACAGAGGAGGAGGCGGACGCGGGUCACUAAGCCAAGGUUCUAA